AGUGGACAACGCCGACAAACGUAUAAUAAUUGCUGUAACAAGAACACUCCACGAGCCAUUGUCUCGUGACUUUUUCGUUUGCGUUUGUGCUCGGUUAUUCGACUUUGAACGCCCUGGCGUCUCAGAUUCACUGAGUCGCCAUUUUUUGACGCGUUGGAGGUAGAAAAAACAGGACUUCUGUCAGCAGCGUUUUGUCACUGUUCGGGAAGAACGUGCGUCUUUUUAUGAAACAGCGUGGCCGCCGACAUUGGUUGGGAUAGAUGACCAGCAAUGCUUUAAAGGGACGUUCACUUCGAUAGGAAAUAUGUUCGGGAAUUCAAAAUUCAGACUGCCUGGGCUUGGAGGCUCUGGCCGAAACAGCAGAGAAAAUAAAGAAGACGUCAAACCCAGCGCACAGAUGACUGGCUACGUGACCAUCACGGAUCUUAAAGACGAGAACCAGCGCCUUAAGGAACAACUGGCAGAGCUGAACCAGACCAUUGGCAACGUGAAGAAAGUCUCCGAGGACGAAAAGACGGGUUUGAAGAGGAAACUGUCAGAGAAAAAUGCAGAAAUUGAAGAACUGCGAAAGGAGGUGGCAAGGCUACAGUCGGUUCUUCAACCCCUGAUGCAUACAUCAAGUAAAAAGUUAAAGAAGCUUGCGGUGUCUGGUGUGCCAAUCGAAGAGUCUGAGAUCAUAAAGGACCUGCCGAGAAAUCCCAAGGUGUCCGGUGUCAAGAUGUUGAUCAAGGCGGCCAUCUUGAAUAACGACUUUCUGAAGUAUCUUGAGGAGGACCAGAUCGACACCAUAGUGGACUGCAUGUACAAGAAGGAAGUCCCCGCUGGGACAAAGGUCAUCACUGAGGGCGAGAUGGGGCUCCACCUGUAUGUCACAGAAGAGGGUGAGCUUCAGGUGUCUAAGAAAGGCGAGAUACUGAGGAACAUGGGCAGACAGACGCUGUUUGGGGAACUGGCUCUGUUGUACGACUGUGAGCGCACUGCAACAGUGCAAGCACUGACGCCUGCUAAGCUGUGGACAAUUGACAGACGGAUUUUCCAGCUCGUCAUGAUGAAAACCACCAAAACCAAACGUGAAGCAUACGUGUCAUUUCUCAAGAGCGUGCCACUGCUGCAAACCGCAUCAGAACAAACACUUGUGCGGAUCGCAGAAUGUUUGGAGGAGGAAACGUACGAACAGGGACAGUACAUUGUACGUCAGGGGGAGGUCGGAGAUUGCUUCUUCAUCAUCAUGGACGGCGAGGUUCGUGUGACCGAGAAAGUUGGGAACAGGAUCCAAGAGAAACGGAAGCUCAACCGAGGAGACUACUUUGGGGAAAAGGCACUUGAUGGCAAUGGGGAUGUGAGGACUGCAAGCUGCAUAGCGGAGACUGGCAUUGUCAAGUGUCUGCUUUUGGACAGAGGACCUUUCCUGCAGCUGAUAGGUUCUCUACAAGAAAUGAAAGAAGCUCUUGACAGACGUCCAGGUUCCCUACCACGCCCCCGUUCAGAGUACGUGGACGAACAGAUACUGCUGACAGAUCUGGAAACCAUCGCCACUCUUGGAGUUGGUGGUUUUGGGCGUGUCAAGUUGGUGCGAUGGAAGGACAAGUCUUUUGCCCUGAAGUGCCUAAAGAAACGACACAUCGUCAACACCAAACAGCAGAAGCACGUGGCCUCGGAGAAGGCAAUCAUGAUGUCAGCAAACUCACCCUUCAUCGUCAAACUGCAUCGUACAUUUAAGGACAACAAAUAUGUCUACAUGCUGAUGGACGCGUGUUUGGGAGGUGAGCUUUGGAGCGUGCUAAGGGACAAACAGUCCUUUCCUGACGCCACGGCUCGGUUCUGCACGGCUUGUGUGAUUGAGGCUCUGUCUUAUCUACACCACAUGGGGAUCGUCUACAGAGAUCUCAAGCCUGAGAACCUGCUCAUCGACCACAAGGGCUACGUCAAACUGUGUGACUUUGGAUUUGCCAAGCAGAUCGGCUAUGAGCGCAAGACGUGGACGUUUUGCGGCACCCCAGAGUACGUGGCCCCGGAAAUCAUCCUCAACAAAGGUCAUGACCUUUCUACUGACAUCUGGUCCAUCGGCAUCCUCAUGUACGAACUCCUGACAGGGAUGCCUCCAUUUUCUGCAACGGACCCGAUGAAGACAUACAACCUGAUUCUCAAGGGUAUCGACAGUAUCGACUUCUCCAGGAAGAUCGGCAAGAUGGCGAAGGAUCUUAUCAGACGACUCUGCAGAGAGAACACCGCCGAGAGACUGGGCAACCAAUCAAAAGGGAUCGUCGACAUCAAAAGGCACAAAUGGUUCCAUGGGUUUGACUGGGAAGGUCUGAUCAACAAGACGAUGUCUCCUCCGGAUCACCUAAAGCCACAGAUUAAUGGUCCGUUUGAUGCCUCCAACUUUGAUCCGUACCCGGAUGACAAUGAAAACCCCCCAGACGAACUGUCUGGCUGGGACAUUGACUUUUAAGUCAUGUUGUCUCGCCCAGCCAAUUAAGGCCAGAGAAGAUGCCUUCGGGAAGAUUAUCUUAGUCAGAACCACCAUUAGGGCACUUUUAAUCAAAUAGAUCAGCUACCCUGCAAUCAUUACGAGAGUCACGCUGUAUCUAAUGAUGGUAGAAAGGAGACGACCUAAUUCCCCCCAGGAUAUCGUUCAGAAAGAAUCAGAGAUGCAAUCUCUCGUUCUGAUGAUUACCAAUGGCAAUUUAGGUCAAUCUUUGACCCAUUGUUCACGUCAUGCUUCCAGAAGGUGACGUGUUCUGGGCAGCCGGGGUCUGUCUUUCUAAGGCAAAACAGACAUCUUUUCUUGAAAUUCUUUUACAUAGUUCAUCUACAUACAAAAUUUCAGAUGUGAUCAGAGUUUCAUCAACUAUGCAAAAUAUUUCCAUGUGAGAAAUAAUUAAGAGUUUAUGACCCACCUCGAGGUGUAUACGGUGACAUAAUGCAUAACCUAUAUUCAAUUAUACGGUUUUUAAUCAUUCUCUUAGUCUACGCCAUUGACAUCAAACCCUGAUUAGAAUGAGUAUAAUACAUUGAAGCUAAAGGUUGCUUUAUGAAUAUCUAUUUUGCUCUUAUAAAGAUAAGGACUGUCUGGUAUCACACGCUACAAGAUCUAUCGUGUGUUAUCUGCAAUUUUUGACAUAUAGAUCUGUAUACGUUUGUUCGGACAUUUUUCGUAACGAUGAUGUACAGCAACCAAGUUGAACAAAGAUGAUACUUUAUGAUAUAGCUAACUGAUAGAAAAUCUCCUAAGCACAGAGUUAUGCACUUGAAAGUGGUUUCACACUAUCGAAUAAAUGUACGUAGUAAUACAAUGAA